AUGGUCUCCGCCGGCGGCCACAGAUGUACGUGCAUCCCCCCGACCACACUCUCCCUGCUGUUCCCUCAAGGCGGCAAGAAUGUGUUGGGAUCAAAGCUGACUAUCCUGGGGCGCCGUAUAGUAUAUGUGAAGGGCAAGCACCUCUCCUACCAGCGAGGCAAGCGCAACACGAACCCAAACACAUCGCUACUCAAGAUCGAAGGUGUCGAUGACACGAAUGCUGCAAAAUUCUACCUGGGCAAACGCGUUGCAUAUGUCUACCGUGCUUCGGCAGAACGACAAGGCAGCAAGAUCCGCGUGAUCUGGGGAAAAGUCACCCGCCCUCACGGCAACAGCGGCAUCGUGCGCGCCAAAUUCCGACAUAACCUCCCACCCAAGAGUUUCGGCGCGGGCGUGCGGAUCAUGCUUUAUCCCAGUUCGAUAUGA